AUGAUAGAUAACAGAAUUAAUGAUGAUAUAUUAUUUAUAAAUAAAGUUAGUGAACUUUUAAUCAAAUAUAAUGACGAAGUGGAUCAUUUAAACAAUGGUAUAUUGGAUUAUUAUUAUAAUAAUGGUUUUGAUAAAAAAAAUUUAAAUAAUAUAGAAAAAGAAUUGGGUAUAGUUAAAGAUUGUUUUUCAAAAAUGAAAUGGAAUUUUAUUGAAAAUGGAAAUAAACAAAUUUUUAUCAAAGAAAUUAUUAGUGAAACACAAAUUACAACACCGAGUCAACAAAGUGUUCAUAUUUUAGAAGAUAAAAUAAAAGAGAUAAAGAAAGAUUUUAAUGAAAAUAAAGAGAAAACAAAGAAAUUAUUUGAAACCAUAAUUGAAAUUAUAAAUAGAUUUUCAGAUUUAAAUGAAAAGUUUGAAAAAGAGAAAAUAAAUUUACAAAACUCAAUUAUAAAAGCAAGUGAAUACAUCGAAAAAAUAAAUAAACUUUUCAAUCAAAAUAGUCAAAAUCAAAAUAAUACCAACACCUUUUUAAAUUUAAUUUUAAAAGUAGAAAAUGAUAGUAACAAUAACAAUAAUAAUAAUAAUAUUCAGCAACAACAAAUCGAAAAAAUCAAUAGUUCAAUAGAAUGGUAUAAAAAAUUUAAUGGUUUUAUGGAGUCAAUGAAUGACUUACAUUUUAUUUCAAAUAUAGAAGGUGAUUUAAAUUCUUUACAAUUUGAAAUAAAAGGAUUAAGUAACUCAAGAAAUUCACAUAUUUUAACAUUAGCUUUGGAAAAUCAAAUAAAUUUAUUAGAUUAUACAAACAAGUUGUCUGAAAAAAAGAAAAAGAAUCAAUUAAUUAAAAUUAGCAACUAUACUUUAAAACCUAAUAUCGAAGAGUUAAAUAAAGUUAUUCAAGAUAUAGUAUUAGACUCAAGUAUAUCACCAAUAGAAUCAUUUAGUGAAAUAACAGAGUUGAUUUAUGAAGUUAAAAAUGUUAUUUCAAACUAUUAUUCAAUAGAGUCCGAAAUUCAAGAUGUAUCGCUGCGUUAUAAAGUUAAUCGCCAGAUGAAGCAAUAUGGUGAGUUGUCGAUUCAAUUACCAACAGGUUAUGUUUGUAAUUUAUUUUUAGACUCAGAUUAUCCAAAGUUUUCAACAAUAGAGAUCCAAUCAAUUCAAAAACCAAAUAGUAACGAGCUUGUUACUAAUUUAUCUUUUAUUCAAAAGGAAAUAAAUGAAAAAAGAUGGAAUUUAUUACAAUUAAUUGACGAAUUGGAUUAUUAUUGUAAUUAG